GCAGUCACAUUUACGUCAUAGAUCUAGUAUACAUAUUUACAUUAUUUACACUGUGUACAUUAAAAUGGAAUGGCAACAUUGGUGCUUAGUUUCUCAAUGAAGUUCAGCUGACAUUUGCUUCUGUUAUACAUACGAAAUUUUGUUUUGUAAACGACGCACGGCAGAAAAUGUCUACCCCAAAGAGCGAAAAAGAUUUGCAUUUACCUUUAUCUAGAGUGAAAACUAUAAUGAAGAGUUCGCCAGAUGUCGAAGCAGUAGGAGCCGAGCCAUUAUAUUUAGUUACUAAAGUUACUGAGUUGUUUGUAACGGAUUUAGCUAAAAGAGCUUUUAAAAACAGUAAAAACUCUUUACUGGAAUACAAACACAUAGCCGAAGUCGUGCAGGAGGAUGAUACGUUAGACUUUCUGCGAGAGAUCAUGCCGCGUAAGAUAACUGUUCGUCAGUUUAAAGAAAUGAUGGCGAAAAAAGCUGCUAAAGGAGGCAAAUCUGAUGAAUCUAGUGAGGAAUCCAGUGAGGAGGAAAGUACUGAAGAGAGUUCUAGUAAUAAUGAACAAGACUGACAUCAGGGUGUAGGCUUAGCUUAGUGUAUUCUCCAGUUAAUUAUAGAAUGGUGAACGCUUGACAAACCUUAAUGAUUGUCAAAAGACUGCCUGUGAAACACAUAUUAAUAAUUUUAUUACUCGGACCUCUACUUGAUACUUGUUGGUGGGUUCCUCAUUUCCACAGGGUUCAGCUAGAAGUAGAGGCACAUGCUAUUAUGUUUGAUUGAGUUUUAUGUUGAUGAUGUUUUAAUUAAAAAAUCAGGUUUCUUACGGUCAAGAGCACAAGCGUAAAGCAACUUUUAAUGAUUUACCUAUGGACAUAUUUGUAACUUAUGUUGUAUGAAUGCGUUGAAUGGGAUCUUUAUUUAGGUUUUAAAAGUCAUAAUGGUUUUUUCAGAAUAAAAAACAAGACAAAAUAAUUUUAAAUUUAAGAUUUUUAAUAAAUGACAAUUUGUAAUGAGUUUUGUUAGUUUUAGGAUUGCUUAUUUUAAGUUAAUGUAAUUUUCAAGUUUAAUAUAUAAUACAUUUUCUUACAA